GAAAACGGCCCUGGAUGGCUGCAACAGGCAUCCGUCUCCUUCCCCGUGCACUUCGAAUCUCCCUUCGACGAAAACCCUAGUUCAGUUAGGAAGGGCAAGGGGAACUAGGAGGCGGGGAAGACAUGGCGGCCGCGGCGGCCUCCGUUGGACACAGCAGCAGAGGCGGCGGUGGGCGGAUCCAUCGGCUGGAGGUGGAGAAUUUUAAGUCGUACAAGGGAACGCAGACCAUCGGCCCCUUCUUCGACUUCACGGCCAUCAUCGGUCCCAAUGGCGCCGGCAAGUCCAAUCUCAUGGACGCCAUCAGUUUUGUGCUCGGCGUCCGCUCGGCACACCUCCGUGGCGCCCAGCUCAAGGAUCUCAUCUACGCCCUCGACGACCGCGACAAGGAGGCCAAGGGUCGCAGGGCCUCCGUACGCCUCGUCUACAACCUCCCAGGCACCGGCGGCGAGCUUCACUUCACCCGCACCAUUACCGGCGCCGGUGGCAGCGAGUACCGUAUCGAUGGCCGACUCGUCACGUGGGACGACUACAACGCCAAGCUCAGAUCCCUCGGCAUUCUCGUCAAGGCCCGCAACUUCCUCGUUUUCCAGGGUGACGUGGAAUCCAUUGCCUCCAAGAAUCCUAAGGAGCUCACUGCACUUCUGGAGCAGAUUGCAGGCUCUGACGAGCUCAGGAGGGAGUACGACGAAUUGGAGGAACAGAAAACCAGUGCCGAAGAGAAAUCUGCACUUGUCUAUCAAGAGAAAAGGACCAUCGUCAUGGAGAGGAAGCAGAAGAAGGCGCAGAAGGAAGAGGCAGAGAAGCAUCUGCGCUUACAGCAGGACCUGAAACUGUUAAAAACAGAGCAUCUCCUAUGGCAACUCUACAGCAUUGAAAAAGACAUGGAAACAAUAGAAGCCGAACUUGAGGAUGAUAGACGUUCUCUUCAGGAAGCGCGCGAAGAUAAUCAAUCCUCUGACAAUGGACUUGCUGCAAAAAGGAAGGAGCAAAGUGCAUUUCUCAAGAAAAUUACCUUAUGCGAGAAGAGUAUGUCGAAGAAAAAGCUUGAUAUUGACAAAAAGCAACCCGAGCUUCUUAGAUUGAAAGAGCAAAUAUCUCGGCUCAAAUCCAAAAUCAAAAGCUGCAACAAAGAGAUUGACAAAAAGAAGGAUGAUAACAAUAAACAUUUGGAAGAGAUGAAAAGGCUGCAGAGUGCUUUGGCUGAUGUCACAAGUGCUAUUGAGGAGUUGAACGAGCAAGGCCAAGAUAAAGGAGUGAAACUGCAAUUAGCCGAUGACCAAGUCCAGGAAUAUCAUAGAAUCAAGGAAGAUGCAGGAAUGAGGACAGCAAAGCUGCGAGAUGAGAAGGAAGUAUUAGACAAAGAGCUAAAUGCUGAUAUUGAAGCCAAAAAGAAUUUAGAGGAGAAUAUGCAACAGCUGCGUAGCCGUGUUGAUGAGAUAUCAUCACAGGAGAGUGAAUUGCAGACAAAGCUUAAUAAGAUUCUUCAUUCAAUCCCCAAGCAUGAAGAUGAGCUUACACGUUUACGCGAGGAUCAUAACAAGAUUGCAAAGGAACGCCAAUCUUCAGGAGCUAAGUAUCUGACAUUGAAGCAGAAGGUGGAUGAGAUAGAUACGCAGUUACGUGAACUCAAAGCUGUGAAGCAUGAAAGUGAGCGGGAUGCUCGAUUUUCAGAAACUGUUAAGAGUCUUAAGAGGCUCUUCCCUGGAGUCCAUGGUCGCAUGACUGAACUUUGUCGGCCCUCACAAAAGAAAUACAACCUUGCUGUCACUGUUGCCAUGGGAAAAUUCAUGGAUGCAGUAGUGGUUGAAGAUGAAAGCACAGGAAAGGAAUGCAUUAAGUAUUUGAAGGAACAACGUCUUCCUCCACAGACAUUUAUUCCCUUACAAUCGAUCCGUGUGAAGCCAAUAACCGAGAGGUUGCGUACCCUUGGAGGAUCUGCACAGUUGAUCUUUGAUGUGAUACAAUUUGAUCGAGCUUUGGAGAAAGCAGUUCUGUAUGCUGUUGGGAAUACACUUGUCUGUGACAAACUUGAUGAAGCUAAAACUCUUAGUUGGAGUGGUGAAAGGUACAAGGUCGUUACUGUCGAUGGGAUACUUUUGACUAAAUCUGGUACAAUGACUGGUGGAGUAAGCGGUGGAAUGGAAGCUAGAUCAAAUAAAUGGGACGACAGCAGAAUAGAAUCUCUGAAGAAGAAGAAAAGUAAGCUAGAGGCUGAAAUGUCCGAACUUGGUUCCCCCAGGGAGUUGCAGAGAAAGGAACUUGCUGUAUCUGAGAAAAUAACUGGACUCGAGAAAAAGUUACAUUACUCGAAUGUCGAACAGAAUAAUCUCAAAGAGAAGCUACACAAAUUGGCAUCUGAGAAACAUAAUAUUGAGAAAGAAAUUGAUCAUCUGGAGCCAGGAAAGGAGGAGUUGGAAAGCCGUCUUGCUAAAAACGAACGGGAAGUAAGAAAGCGGGAGAAAAAAAUAAAUGAGAUAGUCGACAGGAUCUACAAGGAUUUUAGCACGUCAGUUGGUGUGAAGAACAUUCGUGAAUAUGAAGAAAAGCAACUGAAAGAUGCUCAAGCACUGCAGGAGAGGAAGCUAAGUCUGAGCAAUCAAUUAUCGAAACUGAAAUACCAGCUGGAAUAUGAACAAAAGAGAGAUAUGCACGCUCCGAUUGCAAAGUUAAACAACACACAUGAGACCCUAGAGAAGGAGCUGAAGGGCUUGCAGGAGAGAGAAACUCGUGCUAAGGCUGAUGCUGAACAUAUUUCAAAUCAGAUGGAAGAGCUGAAGGCUGAGGCUGAAGACUGGAAGUUGAAGUCAGAUGAAUGUGAGACAGCAAUUGAGGAACUAAAGAAACAGAAUGAUAGUGUUGCUGCUGCAUUGGCAAAGCUGGAUCGCCAAGUGAAGUUAAAGGAGGGACAGAUAGUUCAACUUAGAUCACGCCAGCGUGAGAUUCAUGAGAAGUGCGAACUGGAGCAGUUAAAGCUUCCUACAGUUAAUGAUCCAAUGGACACUGGAUCAUCCUCACAGGAACUUGUCCUUGAUUACAGCCAGCUUAGUGAAAUCUACCUUAAAGAAGUGCAGCUGUCUGACCGUGACAAACUUGAGGCAGAGUUUAAACAAAAAAUAGGUAUACUAAUGGCUGAGAUUGAACGCACUGCUCCAAACUUAAAAGCACUGGACCAAUAUGAAGCACUUCAAACGAAGGAAAAAGAGGUGAGCGAGAAGUUUGAAGCAGCUAGGAAAGAAGAGCGAGAGGUAGCUGACAAGUAUAACUCUGUCAAGCAAAGAAGGUAUGAGCUGUUCAUGGAAGCCUUUGAUCAUAUAUCUAAAGGCAUAGACAAAAUCUAUAAGCAGUUAACAAAAAGUCACACGCAUCCACUCGGAGGAACAGCAUAUUUAAAUCUAGAAAAUGAAGAUGAGCCAUUUCUUCAUGGAAUCAAGUACACAGCUAUGCCACCUACGAAGCGCUUUAGGGAUAUGGAACAGUUAUCCGGUGGGGAGAAGACUGUUGCUGCACUGGCAUUGCUUUUUGCCAUUCACAGUUUCAGGCCAUCACCAUUCUUCAUACUGGAUGAAGUCGAUGCAGCUCUAGAUAAUUUAAAUGUUGCCAAGGUUGCUGGGUUUAUUCGAUCAAAGUCAUGCGAACGUGCUGGCGAAGAGCAAGAUGGUGAUGGAGGUUGUGGGUUUCAGAGUAUUGUCAUAUCGCUGAAGGAUAGCUUCUACGACAAAGCUGAAGCACUGGUUGGUGUUUAUCGGGAUUCAGAAAGAAGCUGCUCCAGAACCCUCACCUUCGACCUUACGAAGUAUAAAGAAGCAUGAAAUCCACUCCUGUUGGAGUCUUCCUACGUGUUAAUCUGUGAUGGUGACAAUUAUCGUCAACUGAUUCUGUAUUUCAACUUGUGUAUAUGAUUAGUGGCAUGUAGUUAAUGUAGAAGCGGCACAAAACUACAGUACCAUUAGAAGUUAUAUGUGUCUUUGUGUGCUUAUAUGUUCUGUCUUUGCAAGAAUUAGUUUCUUUUG